AUGACGACUACGAUGACCGAAACUCCUGAGUUGCGACAUGGCGCUCAUCACCGCUCGCUAUCCCCUCUCAAAGGAACUAGAGAAUCGACCUCUCGAGAGAGAUUUCCUUCAUUUGACGAUGCCCUACCAAAGUUCACAUUCAACCCCGGUGCACCCGUGGUUGCUGAGAGUCCCCUGGAAGUAACAACAGGUCCUCUUUCGAACCCUGAGAUCAAGUGGCCCACGAGGAGAGAGAGUCAGAGAUUGCGCAAUGGGAGAUCCCCAGUGAUACAUGGUCAUCGACCUAGGAGAAGCCUUAGUGACGCAAUAAACAACUUUCGGGCACGACGAGGCAGUGUAAGCGAGAAUGCGCAAGAAUUGGCUGAAGCGCUGAGGGCACCGGUGUCCUACAAACUCAUUGCUCUUUGUAUCGUCUGGUACAUGACCUCAGCCCUUACAAACACAUCAUCCAAAUCCAUUCUAAAUGCUUUCCCGAAGCCAGCGACCCUCACAAUUGUUCAAUUUGCCUCAGUCUCGUUCUGGUGUCUGGUAUUGACCGGUCUGUCAUCGACAUUUCCCUCACUAAAGCGAUCCGUACCUGCACUCAGGAAUGGUCUGAGGAAGCCGUCUUGGGAAGUAUUGGCGACAGCAUUUCCACUGUCGAUUUUCCAACUUCUAGGCCACCUGCUCAGCUCAUACGCCACUUCUAAGAUUCCGGUCUCACUCGUCCACACUAUCAAGGGCCUGUCGCCGCUAUUCACGGUCCUCGCAUACCGGAUUGUAUUUCGAAUUCGCUACAAACGAGCAACAUACCUGUCACUUGUCCCACUCACCCUAGGUGUGAUGAUGGCAUGUUCUACGGACUUUUCAAGCAAUUUCUGGGGAAUCAGUGCUGCAUUGGUGGCAGCACUUGUUUUCGUGAGCCAAAACAUCUUCUCAAAGAAACUUUUUACCGAGGCAUCGCGUGCAGAAGCAGAUGGACAGACUCACCUGCCGCGAAAGCUGGACAAGCUCAACCUGCUAUGCUACUGUUCUGUCGGUGCCUUCCUACUUUCCGCCCCUGUCUGGAUCUAUACCGAAGGGUUCGAACUCAUAGAAGAGUUGUGGAAGGAUGGAUUCAUCGGCCUCUCGACCAAAAGAAAUGCCUUGGAUCAUGGUGGGCUCAUGUUGGAAUUCAUCUUCAACGGGGUCUCCCACUUUUUUCAGAAUAUCAUGGCCUUUGUCUUGUUAUCGAUGCUGUCGCCAGUGUCCUAUUCUGUGGCAUCAUUGAUAAAACGGGUCUGGGUUAUUGUGCUUGCUGUGGUCUGGUUCCGCAGCUCGACCACCUCGAUGCAGGCCGUCGGCAUUCUGCUCACAUGUGUCGGGCUUUAUCUCUACGAUCGUACCAGCAUGGAAGACGCUGCGGAAAGACGAACCAAGAGCGAUCAUUUCCGUCACAAAACAGCUUUGUUGCCUGUGACCGAAGUCAACACUCCUGGAUUGCAGCUAAGCAACCCAAUGGACCUGAAUCAUAGAAGUGAGAUGUCUGAUUCUCACCCUAAGAGGGAUGAUAGUCGAGGUCGAACACAUGAAUCGCCUUUCGCGUCUGGGUGGCUGCCUCCUGGAACCAAGCAAGAAAGCACCUGGGAAGCUGCAGAAAGAAAUGCAAAGUCAUAA